AGGGCAGGUCCCCCCCCCCGGACGCGGCCGGCGCUCGACGCAAUCAUGCGAUUGAACGACUGAGCGCGUCAUGCUUCUCCUCCUCCUCCUCCUCUUCCUCCUCCGCCACCUCUGCUCCGUGCGAUCAGUGGCUCUGUGUUCCGCAAUCCCUUGGGAAAGUGCCCCGCGCUCGAUGGCUCCGCUAUCGGCGGAACGCUCGCACUGAAUGGCUGCCGGGAGCAAGGAGCAGCGAGGGGAGAGAGACAGAGAGACAGAGGGAGAGAAAGAGAGAGAGAGACGCGUCUCCUCCCUUUGAACCAACGCUCUGAGAGUCUUGCAUCGACUUCGCGGCGCGGGGCUGCUGCGUGUCCCGGGAUGACCUGUUGAUGUCGGUAGAAUGGAGAAUGGCAGGGGGAGCGCUUUCCCCCAUCACCGAGACAUUUGAAUAAGCAGCGUUUCGGGGCUUUGACGAGCGGCGGCGCGGCGCGGCUUCCUCCCUCCGCUCGGGCAACCCUUUGGUGGUGUGCGUCGGCGCACCAUGGCCCAGACCCUCCAGAUGGCGAUCCCAAACUUUGGAAACAAUGUCUUGGAGUGUCUGAAUGAGCAGCGGCUGCAGGGCCUCUACUGCGACGUCUCCGUGGUGGUUAAGGGCCACGCCUUUAAGGCCCAUCGAGCCGUGCUGGCUGCUAGCAGUUCUUAUUUCCGGGACCUUUUCAGCAACAGCAACAGUGGCGGAGGUGUCGGCAAUGAGGCGAGCCCGACCGUGGUGGAGCUCCCGUCGGCUGUGCAGCCCCAGAGCUUCCAGCAGAUUCUGUCCUUCUGCUACACAGGCCGUCUCAGCAUGACGGUGGGGGACCAGUUUUUGCUCAUGUACACCGCCGGCUUCCUGCAGAUCCAACAGAUCAUGGAGAAGGGCACCGAGUUCUUCCUGAAGGUCUCCUCUCCGAGCUGCGACUCCCAGGGCCUUCACGCUGAGGAGGCCCCAUCCUCGGAGCCCCAGAGCCCGGUGACGCAGACCAGUGCCGCUGCAGGCCGGCCGGCCUCCUGCCUGACGCCGCUGCCGCUGGCGUCCCGGGUGAAGACCGAGCAGCCGUCCAGCCAGCCGGAAGCGGCCGCACCGUACUCGGUGGUCUGCACUCCGGUGGCCAAGCGGCUGUGGGAGGGUGGCAGCGGGAGCGGCAGAGACGGGACGGGCUCCGGAGGCUCCGGAGGCGGGGCGAGGAAGGCAGCGCGUUAUUCCCAGGAGGCGGUGCGGACCAGUGCCAUCCAGAGCCCCGGGGCCAUGGGCAUGGGUGCCAACGUGAACAGCCUGGCGGGCACGGGCGCCAGCGGCGGCGGCCUCAGUGGCAGCGCCGCGAGCAACGGGUGCUCCGGCGCGGGCCUCGGCAUGUCGGAGGUCGCCAGCCCCGGCACCCUGAGCACCUACGCCAGUGACUCGCCGGUCAGCUACCACGACGACGAAGAAGAGGAGGAGGCGACGGACGAAUGUGCCGAAGAGCAGUACAGGCAAAUCUGCAACAUGUAUACCAUGUACAGCAUGCUCAACAUGGGAGCUGCAGCAGCAGGUGAGCGUGUCGAAGCUCUACCAGAUCACACAGAGACACGCGGGCGCAUGCGAGGCCGAGACCUCACAUGUCUCCCCGUGGAGCUCAUCGCUCAGAUAGGCAACCGCUGUCAUCCCAAACUGUACGAGGAAGGAGACCCCGCGGAGAAACUAGAGCUGGUCUCAGGUACGUCUGUGUACAUAUCGCGCGCGCAGCUGAUGAACUGUCACGUGAGCGCAGGGACCAGACACAAGGUGCUGCUCAGGAGGCUGCUGGCCGCCUUCUUCGACAGGAAUACUCUGGCCAACAGCUGUGGAACAGGCAUCCGCUCGUCCACCAAUGACCCGAGCCGCAAGCCCCUGGACAACAGGGUUCUGCAUGCGGUCAAAUUUUAUUGCCAGAACUUCGCCACCACCUUCAAAGAGAGCGAGAUGAACGCCAUCGCGGCCGACAUGUGCACCAACGCCAGGCGCGUCGUCCGCAAGAGUUGGAUCCCGAAGCUGAAGCUACUGAUGGCGGAGAGCGACGCCUACACGGCUUUCCUCCCCGACGGAGUCAAGAUUGAGGAGGACACCCUGGGGGCGGAUCCAGCCUUUGACCCCGCCUCCCUGGAGGCCGCCGGCGGCGCUGGCAUGGAGUCAGCUGGCUCUUCAGGUGAAUCGCUACCAGGCGUGGGUGGGGACGGAGGACCGUUGUUUUGAACAUUGCGUCUGGGGAAGUUUGAAAUGGUGACACACACACACACACACACACACCCCCCAAUAUUCCCCAGUUCUGCUUGCCUCUAAACUCUUUGGCCCGCUCUGAUCUCUCACAUCUGACUAUCUAUACUAUAACUGCUAGGGUGAACAGCUGUUACCCUGAUGUAACCAGGACAUGAAAACGUUUGUUUUUUUUGUCUCUAUGACUGUACAAUGGAGUUAGUUGAGUAACGGGAGAGAGUGAGAGGGUUUUCUCCUAACUGCCCUCUGCCCCCCUUGUCUUUUUAAUGUGUGUACGAGCAUCCACCGUUUAAAUACAUUCCCUUAAACGCAGGUGAGGGGGUGAGCUUGCCGGCGUGGCCCGAGUAGGAAGGUAGGGUGUGAUGGACGGGCAAGCAGUUGAGGUGACGAGUGUACUGGGUUUUAAAGUGUCAGCGGCAUUCUUCCUCUAUGCAACCCUGACAGUUUUUCAUUGCAGCCUAGGAAAAAAAGGAACUGAAUUUAAAAUAGAUACACUAGUAAGCGUUAACACUACCUGUUCUUACUCGCAUCUUCCUCUUACCACUAGGUAUUCUUCACCGCAUCGUCGUUCUCUAGACCAGAGAAUUGCACCCGAGUGUUUCACUGUGCAGCGUCCUAUACCAAUGUGUUUCAUCUGUCUCUUUUUUUUUUCCUAAAUUUUUAGCAUGUUUCUCCGUCUAUAAACUGAAAAAGUGAUUCAGAGUGAAGGGGAAAGCUUUUUACUGAGAUGAUUGUAAAGAAAUUGAAAUGGCAACAGGUAAUCAAAGAUGGUCAUAUUUUUAGAAGACAAACUAUAUUUAUACAAGCGCCCAUGCCUAGAACGGUGUGAGCAAAGAGAGUGAAAGGGAUUGUUUUAAAAUCUCAUUCUUCUAUUGCUUCUAUUGAAAGAGGUCUUGUCAAAUAUGGAAAAGUGCUAUUUUUGCAUAAAAAGGAGUUUAAUAAAGCAGUCUUAUCACAAGACCCAUAGCCAUUUAUUUUUAUCUUAAUUUGAAAGUGCAGCGUGAUGGAAUGAGCAGUUGAACUGCUGAAUUUGAAGCAUUUCAUCUUCUGUUCUUUAGCAGUGAGGGAAUAAGACGUGUUUUGCUGGCUUGUCUUUUGUCUAUGAGAUCCAUUUCUUAGGUUUUGAACCUGCAAUUUUUGCCUCCUUCGAUAAAACAUUGGCCUACCAUUUGGUAGAAAUAUAAAGCUUAUAUUGAUGUGACUACUCCGUUAUUUUCUUCUUUGUGCGCAAAUGACUAAAAAAAAACCUCCAAAAUCCACAGAAAAGAAAUAAGGGUAUAUUGGAAUGUGCCUUCUAAUUGAACAAAUGGGUGCCAGUGGGUACAGUGAUGUCAUGAGGAGGCAAUAUUGCUUGAAGAAAAUGGAUUUGAUGGUACAACCCGUGUGUGUGCACGUGUGUGUGUGUGUGUCUGUGUGUGUGUGUGUGAAGCGGCUCUUUGGUUACGAUGGAGAGCGUGUCUUUUAAGUACGUAGUUUAUUCAUGUAUCUAAUAAGGACAUUCAAAAUGGUUGACGGUUUUAUUUUAAGAGUUUGACAUGAUUUUGCACCCUCCAAUGAGAGUGGAGGUUUCUGCACCUUAAUGAACCUGCACCUUUUGACAAAUGUGUAGCAAUUGAACCCGUUUAGGUGGAAUUUGUCCUUUUUUUUCUUUUCUUUUUUUCCCAUGUCCGCAUGUGUUUCUUGUUUAGAAGCGGCACAAAUUCUUACUGUAAAUAAUCAAAAUGACUGUUGAGUUAAAUCCCAAGUGUUCUUCCUUUCUGUUGCUGGAUGCAUCUGAUUAUUAAAUGUAAAAAAAGCUGACCUUUUUUUUAAAUGUAAAAGUUAGUGUUUUGCUAGAAGCUUCUUGAAUGACCUAAGAGUUUAGCAGCAAAGACUCCUCAUUCCUGGUGGAGAUGGAUGGUCAGUCACAAUAGUCAACGUGAGAUUUAGGAAUAUCAAACGCUCUCACAUACAACUGAUUGCUUUCUCCUUCUGGAGGGACAGGUUUCAUUUUGUAAAGGCAGGUACAGGGUAACGAUUCUGAAUAGAUUUACGUCUUAUUUAAACCAGAUGAGUCAACCUUUAUUGAAGAAAUAACAUGAUAGAUGAAGCGCAGCCUAUUCUCAUUAGUUUCACGUUAUUGGUUUACUGAAAUGGUUUGACCUGAUGAUACAUGGACAGAACAAAAAUGCAGUACCUUGUAAGUAUUCUCUUAAGGGUAAUGACAACAAAACCUCAGCAAGCUCUACAUUUGACUGUUGAUGCCACAUAUGCACCCUUCCCCCACGUACCUCUCCGGUGUCUUGGAAGACUUUUGUUCUUCCUCUCCUUCAUGCAGCUGGUGUCGCGUUUCACUUUCACAGGUUUAUUCAUGCGUUUCUGCAACGGGCAAAGCAGUGGGUUUAGCUGGUUGAAUCUAGAAUGAUGAAUAUCUUUUCAUGGGCUUAGUGGCUUUUGACUUUUUGGCCAAGUUUACAGUUCUGCUCAGACUACAUCUUCCCGUUCUUACCCAAUGUUUUUAUAAACUAUGACCAAACUAAAGUUGAUGCAUUUAAAUUAGCACGGUUUACUGGGAUCUCACAAGAUGUUAUACAGUAUAGACUUUAAACUUGUCAGACUAAAGAUUUUCAAAAUAAAUCCUCAUGUUAAAUUUAGCAAUGCACCUUUUUUUUGUUCACCAUGAUGGCUACUACAUCUGUUCCUGCCUAUGUAUCAGGUAGGGGAACAGCCAUAUUACUACUACGUUCUGAAGUUAGUUCCAUUGUUAAAGGGCUGUUAUUGAUGGUGGCAAUUAGACAUGGAAGACAUCAGAGUGCAAUUCUCAUUGAUACCCUGAGAAACGCAUUGAGUCUCACGUAGAAAAAUGUUCAGACGCAAAUGUAAACAAUAGUAAAGCCUUUAAAGCAAGGAAAAACAGUUUCGUACAGUAACUAUAAUAUUACAUCAGAAUGGAUUUUUAUUUUUUGCUUUGCGUUGAGCCAUUAUCAAUAUUUAGCCUAAUGAGCCUCGGGAAGAAUAACUCUGGUUAUUGUACAUUUCAAUGUCCAAAAGUAACCUCACUCGCAACCUUCUUGCACACUGCUUCAUAUGCAAUAUGUGUACGAGUGGAUGCGUUACACUUUGAGAAAAGAGUGUCAUGAUUCAUUUUUUUUUUUCAAUACGUUCUUCUCCGCACAUUGUCCUUUCUGUAUCUUGAUCAUAUGUGUUUACAAAACAUAUAGACCUACACACUUGAAUAGAUGAGGUGUGGCACGGCAUGGGGAACCUUUUGUCACUAAGCAGUACAUAUAUAAAUACGAUUAUACACAUGUAUAGAUGAAUACUGUAUAUUAUAUAUAGACGCACACAGAGGUCAGAUUGUUUGUUGUGCACUCGCAGCAUGAGGUAUAUACUUACCCGGAAACGGCGCUUCUCCACAACCUGUGCAGUAAUUGGUCUGCCCUGGUCCAUGCCCCUGCUCCUUGCCCUCUGUAACCCCGUAGCGCCAUUAGUCAUCCUGUACUGCUCAUCCUAUUUCUGUGUUCCAAGUGCCAAUAACCUUGUGAAAGCCCUGUAACUGUGACCCAACAUUAUCAAAGGUAAUUGCACAUUAACAACUGUAAAAUAAAGAAAUACAAGUCAUAGAGAAAAUGUCAAAAUGGAUUAAAUAAUGAAUAUCUUAAUAAAAGAUUUGUAACAAA